AUGGCGAUGACAGCAGCCACCCUCGUCUUGCGUGAUGAUUGCGAAGCGUCCGACGUGCGGAAGAGGCCAAGGUCCUCUGAGAGGAGCGGUGGCGAAGAUGACGCCGCCGCUCCAUCCGCAAAGCUCGUAGGGGUGGUGCCGCUGCCAAAUGGGAAUUGGGGCGCGCAGAUAUAUGCCGACCAACAGAGGAUAUGGCUCGGUACAUUCCAGACCGAGAGGGAAGCAGCCAUGGCUUAUGACAGUGCUUCGAUCAAGCUCAGAAGAGGGGACUCGCAGAGGAAUCUCCCGUGGAUCGACCUUUCGAAGCACGAACAGAAGUUCCAAGAUAGUUUCGCCACAGAAGUAGUGCUGGACAUGAUUAGGGCCGGGACGUACCGGUCGAGAUUGAUGGAAUUUCUCAGGAACCAGUCGGGAGAUGAGGAAACGGUGGAAGUUGGCAUCAAUCCGAAGUUAAGAUCGAUGCCUACGGGUGGACAAUACUUGUGUACGCAAAUUUUUCAGAAGGAGCUAACGCCGAGCGACGUAGGGAAGCUCAAUAGGCUCGUCAUCCCCAAGAAGUACGCCAUCAAAUAUUUCCCUUGCAUCAACAGAAACGCCGAGGGAAAUGCACUGCUUCAUGGAGGGACCAACGAUGUUCAGCUAGUUUUCUACGACAAGCUCAUGAAGUCGUGGAAAUUCCGGUAUUGCUAUUGGAAGAGUAGCCAAAGUUUCGUAUUUACGAGGGGUUGGAACUGGUUCGUGAAGGAAAAAGAGCUGAAGGCGAAGGACAUUGUCGUGUUUUAUUCAUAUGAGUGCGAUGAAACGCAUGAAAACGGCGAUACUUUUGGUCUAAUUGAUGUACAGUAUCAUGGUCGUCAUGGUCGUCACAAUAACACGGGGAUCCACGAUCUGAAUGAAAUUGGUCUGGAGGUAGAAUUGCCAUCGAACUUGGGAAUAAGUUGCGGAUUCACGAAAGCGGAGCAUGAGGAAGAACUCGAGAAGGAGACAACAAAGAAGUUGAAGGGUAGUAGUUUUAAGUUAUUCGGUGUACAAAUGAACUGA